AGGUGAGUGGUUGUACGUUGUUCAUACACCGGUAAAGCUAUCCGACGAAUCUCAUCCGUGGAUACGACAUCGGACAACAGAGUACUAGAAGAAUUCUCCUAAAACUACAAAAAUGGGCAAGGAGAAGAUUCACAUUAAUAUCGUCGUUAUUGGACACGUCGAUUCUGGCAAGUCGACCACCACUGGUCACUUGAUCUACAAAUGCGGUGGUAUCGACAAGCGUACCAUUGAGAAGUUCGAGAAAGAAGCCCAGGAGAUAGGCAAAGGUUCCUUCAAAUAUGCCUGGGUACUUGACAAACUUAAGGCCGAACGUGAGCGUGGUAUUACUAUUGACAUUGCCUUGUGGAAGUUUGAAACCUCUAAAUACUAUGUGACGAUUAUCGAUGCUCCUGGACACAGAGAUUUUAUCAAAAACAUGAUCACUGGUACCUCGCAGGCUGAUUGUGCCGUAUUAAUCGUCGCUGCUGGUACUGGUGAAUUCGAGGCUGGAAUUUCAAAGAAUGGACAGACUCGCGAGCACGCUCUUCUCGCGUUCACCCUUGGUGUCAAGCAGUUGAUUGUCGGAGUUAACAAAAUGGAUUCCACCGAGCCCCCGUAUUCCGAGACUCGAUUCGAGGAAAUUAAGAAGGAAGUGUCGUCCUACAUCAAAAAGAUCGGUUACAAUCCAGCCGCUGUUGCAUUCGUGCCAAUCUCCGGCUGGCACGGAGACAAUAUGUUGGAAGUAUCCGCCAAGAUGCCUUGGUUUAAGGGAUGGGCUGUAGAGCGUAAGGAAGGCAAAGCCGAAGGUAAAUGUCUUAUCGAAGCUUUGGAUGCCAUCCUGCCACCCACCAGGCCAACUGACAAGGCUCUUCGUCUUCCCCUUCAGGAUGUGUAUAAGAUUGGUGGUAUUGGAACAGUACCCGUCGGUCGUGUUGAGACUGGUGUACUAAAACCUGGUAUGGUCGUUACCUUUGCACCCGCUGGAUUGACGACUGAAGUUAAGUCCGUUGAAAUGCACCACGAAGCUCUGCAGGAGGCUGUGCCCGGCGACAACGUUGGUUUCAACGUCAAGAACGUAUCUGUUAAAGAAUUGCGCCGUGGAUACGUCGCUGGAGAUUCCAAGAACAACCCACCCAAGGGUGCUGCUGACUUCACCGCACAGGUCAUUGUGCUCAAUCAUCCUGGUCAAAUCAGCAAUGGAUAUACACCUGUAUUGGAUUGCCAUACUGCUCACAUCGCCUGCAAGUUCGCUGAAAUUAAGGAGAAGUGCGAUCGCCGUACUGGCAAAACCACCGAAGAAAAUCCAAAAGCCAUCAAAUCCGGUGAUGCCGCCAUUGUCGCCCUAGUACCCAGCAAGCCCAUGUGUGUUGAGGCUUUCCAGGAGUUCCCACCCUUGGGACGUUUCGCUGUUCGUGACAUGCGUCAGACUGUAGCUGUUGGCGUCAUCAAGGCCGUCACCUUUAAGGAUCAAGCGGGCAAAGUCACCAAGGCCGCUGAGAAAGCCCAGAAGAAGAAAUAACUAUUGUAAUAGUUUCCGUGCAUACACCGAUAGUUUCCGUGCGAAUAUGCCACCGGGCGAACGACGGCGUACAUCAGCCGACGUAACUCAUCCUCCUUUGUAUGACUCGCGAGAGACGAACUUGGCAACAUUGUCUACAACGGAGUUCCUCGUGAGGACUUUAUCGCGAGCUACGAUCGGAAAUGAGAGAAUGACGAUCCAAUCGCGCAGAUUGGCUCCUCGUGCAUGCAAGAUUGCGCUGCCGCGUUUCCUCGGCGCGCGGACAUUUCACUUGUCGAAAUGGCUCCGUCAUUUUUUUCAUCGUAAGGAGUUUCGCAGGAAAGAAUACGGGAUGUUUAUCUCUGAUGAUAUAUAUUUUCGUCUCGUGGGAGUCCGCAAGGAGGAAGAGCGAACUUCGCGCGAGCUAUCGCAAACAACGUACACCUACCAACUACUUCAUAACGAACAUCAACAUAAUUUAGCGCGGCUUAAUUAUAUUUUCUAAUUACUAUACGGAAAUAAAUUCUGUAUAUAUCCGAUAUUUCGAGGAGAAACAUGUCAUUAUUACUCUUCGUUGACAUUGUUACUUCAUUAGUAACUUGUCAAAUUCAUCAUCCUUUUGAACAAAAUAAUUCCUCAUUUUUAUCGCUCUCACAUCUACGGUAGCUAUACAAUCUAACCAGAUAAAAAAUAAUAUAUAUUGUUGCGAUGUCCGUAUUAUUUUGUCUUCUUGGUAGCUUUUUUAUAUUAAUUCAGAUUAAUCAUUCAGAUUAUAUUAAUUCAAGAACGUGAGACUAGAGAGAACAACGGUAGUAGACCUUAACAAAGAUAGAUUUCGUUGGGAUAUAUGGGAUCUGUUGUUUCCUCUAAUUAUCUUUCCAUUCAGUUAUAGGUAAGAUAAAUCCAAAUAUCCUCAAGGAAGAAAACCUUUUUCUAUGAAUUAUUCCUUUUAUCAACUAACGUCUAACAAGAAGUGCAAGAUGACUUUUACAAUAACUCGAUACUUUUUAUCCCCCCACGAUUUUUCUACAAACGACAUUGGUUAACGGUUUUCUGUACAUACAUAUAAAUGCCAGCGAUGACGAGUAAGAGCGAAAAUAAAGAAGCUGCGGAAACGA